AUGGCACCUCCCAUCCCUUCCAGCUUUCGUCCGCGCGAAGCGGGAGCGGAGCCUUUGGAUGGUGUGCGACCUCGAUCCAUUGCGCAACUGGCGCAAGUCGCAGCCUCGCCGCCUCACACUGUUCAUAUCAGCAACGAUGUGCCAUUGAAGCGGUAUGUAGGCGGAGCGGCCAGUCUGGCCAAGCAAGCAUCCAUCGACGAAUCAGAAGGAAGAGUGGAGAGGAGCUUCGUCAACCUGAUCAAGUGCGCAAAGUUGCUGUUGGAGCUGAUACCUAAACAUGCAGAGUAUCGAAGUAUUGAUGCACGUAUGCGCAAGAGCAUCAGUGAGGAUGCUCAGCGAACGUUGGAUGACAUUUCUAGAGUCAAAAUGGCUCUCGCUGGUAGGGAGGAGCAGUGGAUGGCAGAUCCGGAAGCUUUCGAAGCGCGUGCUAGGAAGGUCAGAAGCGCUGCUUCGCAAGCGCCCAGCAGCUCGGCAUUGCAAACACAUCAGCAAGAAGUAGCGCACGCGGAUAGGACAGCACAAGCCCAGGGAGAGCGCACAUCGCAGGCCGCCUCUAAGCCAGACACCCAGGCUCGCGGUGCCUCUGAUGGAGGAAUUGAAUUCCACAAGCCGGAACGAGGCGGAUUCGACGUGAGGGAUAUACUGGGAUGGGUAAAGGCGGAUCAAACGACCGAUUCUAGCCAGGAUGCGUACGCGCAGCUGGCCAGACACGUCGAUACCAGGCCGCGCACGAGAGAGCCGGAAGCCCAUCGAGCGCAAUUGGCAUACCCGACGCUACGCCCUUCGCACUCUAUUCGGAUGGCCAAACAUCAGACGAACCAAGGCUUUGCGCCUUCCUCUGACCGAGCCGCCACGUACUUUCAGACUACGCAUUCAACAGCAGGCGCUAGCGUCGGUGGUGUGCAGAUGCCCUUACCUCGUCCCACGGACGAUGCCGAUCUAGCUGCGUCGGCGCUCAGAGCAAUCGGACUCGGGGGCUCGAGCUCCUCUUCGGCACAGACUGCCAUGAGCUACCCAAGCGUUGCAGCUUCAAAUCAUUCGGCGACUCGGAGAUUGCGAGGCGACGAGGUGGAACGUCAGGCCCUCGCACUGGCUUCUAGGCGUGCGCGCGCGCCCAAAACGCACACCGAAGGAGGUGAAGAAUUGCGUUCCAUCUUUGUGCCUUCCUCUCUGAUCAGCCGCUUCGUCUCAUUGGCUGAGAGCAACACGACGCGCAACAUCGAGACGUGCGGGCUGCUCAUGGGCAGAUUGUACAACGACGCGUUUACGGUCAGCCAUUUAACAAUCCCCAAGCAACGAGGAACGACGGAUAGCUGCGACACGGAGGAUGAAGAGGGAAUCUGGGAGUUUCAGAUGAAGGAGGAUCUGAUCAGUAUGGGCUGGAUCCACACGCAUCCUUCUUUUUCGUGCUUCUUAUCCAGCAGGGAUCUGCACACGCACAGCACCUUCCAAGCGCUCAUGCCAGAAGCUGUAGCCAUCGUCUGCGCACCCAAUGCCGAGCCCAAUGUGGGCAUCUUUAGGUUGACCGAUCCGCCCGGCUUGAAAACCAUCAUCGCUUGCAGAGCUCCAGCAGAAUUUCAUCCACACGUAUCGAGCGAUGGAACGGCCCUCGCCUUGUACACCGACGUCUCGCACGUCAUCCUUGAAGAAGGCACUGCUCUCACCGUCACUGAUCUCAGACGAUGA